AUGCAGACGCUGCGAGCCAUCACCAACUGGGCCUGGCCCUCCCAAGCCCCCAGACCCAAACCGCUGUGGGUCUGCGACAAGCGGGGCAGGCAGAGAGGGCUGCUGGUGACUGGGCUGGAGGAGCUGCGCAGGCAGGCGGCCGAGGCUCUGUCGCUGCCGCCGGAGCUGUCGCUGGUGCUGCCCCGGGACGGCUCCUCGGUGGCCUCGCAGGGGGUGCUGGAGCUGCUGCCCCCCCACAGCCUGCUGCUGGCGCUGGAGCCAGGCCAGAGCUGGGAGCCCCCCAAGCCGCAGCUGCUGCAGGAGCUGGAGGUGCCCAGGCAGAGGAGGGCCCAGGAUGGCACUGAGGUGGCACAGGUGACCUUGGCCCUCACCAAGAGCAGCCCCGAGGAGCUGCUGGGGCAGCUGCGGGUUACAGCCUCGGUGCGGAGCCUGCGCUGGGACGUGGCAGGGCUAGGCCCGGAGCGGCUGCUCAGGGACCUCCUGAGGCUGCUGGCGGCCCUGACACGUGGCGUGGGACAAAGCCUGCUGGGACUUUCCGCUGCCCUCCGACACCUGCUGGACGCUGCCACGCCCCAGAGGGUGACCAAUCAGCAUUGAGCUUCGUGGGAGGACCCCAGAGAAGAACUUCUGGAAGGAUCUCAGGUCUCAGAUCCCUCCUGGAGGAGCCAAUAA